GUCUCUCCCUUCUGUGGCUUGCUGUUCUAAGCCAGGACACUCCAACACUCCAACCUGCACAGAUACUCUCAUUUCUUAUUAUUCCUGGAGAUCUUUCAUACCUGCCCUCUUCAUCUUGACCUUUCAUUCUGGAUUCUUUGACCUGGGGCUCCAGGCACACACACCUGAUCUUCCAAUGCAGAGACAUUAUCUCUCUCCAAGGCGGUUUUUGUGUGAGUUCAGGGGUGAGGGGCCUUGAAACCUCUUUUGUUCAGCUCCAUGGCUGAAAGAAAAUACAAGUUCAUCUCCAAAGUCCUCCUCUCCCUCUCUCCUCUACUUCUCCAUCUCUUUCUCCUCACCCCUGCGUGUGUCUGUGGUCCUGCCCGGGCCCCGCUUCUCGCUGGUCAAUCUUUCCUGGUUCUGUGGGGGGUUCCAGAUAAAGACUGUUUAGGUCGGCCAGACCCAGCAGCAUUUGGGAUGGAGUGGGAAGGCCGUGUGGCAAUUUUUUACGAGGAUACACUAGGACUCUACCCAUACUUCACUGCUCAGGAUCGUCCUGUCAACGGUGGCCUACCGCAACACACCAGCCUUAACCUGCACCUCCAGAAGAUGGAGGGGGAUCUGACAGCCACACUACCCCAGGCAGGAGCACCUGGGCUGGGGGUGCUGCGCUGGGAGGAGUGGGCACCUCAGUGGAGCAGAAACAGGGGGGACAAAGCAAAGUACCUUGUGGAGUCGAAGGCUCUUCUCAGAGGAUUUUUUCCUGACUGGAGUGCAGAGGAGGUGGAGAAAUGGGCUCAGGUUGACUUUGAAGCAGCAUCACAGUCCAUACUGAUGGAGACCCUGCGAGAGGUGAAGAGACUCCGCCCACGGAGAUUAUGGGGCAUGGCCCCAUAUCCUAACUGCUAUAACUUUGACUCCACCCAGAUAGCAUUAGCCAAUUACACAGGGAGAUGCCCUGCAGUGGAAAUGGCCCUUAAUGAUGAGCUGAUGUGGCUGUGGAAGCGUAGCGGUGCCCUUUACCCAAUUCUCUCACUGGAGAAGCUGCCAGAAGGAACCAAAGGGUCAUGGCUUUAUACAACCAAUCAGAUCAGAGAAGCAUUACGAGUGGCGGCUCUUGCGGGAACUACCUGUGAUCUUCCAGUGUUCCCAUUGAUAAAGAUUGUGUAUACCUCAACUAACGCCUUUCUCUCAGAGAUUGACCUGGUGAAUACUAUUGGAGAGAGUGCUGCUAUGGGUGCAUCUGGAGUUAUUAUAUGGGAAAAAACUAUAGCAGUUAAAACACAGAAAUCCUGCUCAGAAUUUGGCUCGUAUGUACGUGAGGUGCUCGGCCCUUACACUGUCAAUGUGACCACCGCAGCACGUCUCUGUGGAGUUUCACUGUGUCAGGGCCGUGGACGCUGUGUGCGCAGGAAACCAGAGGACCCCACCUACCUGCAUCUUCCUUCGGGCCACUUCCUGCUCCUCGCAAAUGGGGCAGGAGGUGUCAGGGCGACGGGAGAGCUUCCCGAUGCUUAUGUAGAUAUGUGGAAUAAGGACUUUCGGUGCCAGUGGUUCGAGGCAUUGGAGGAUGCAGCUGCAGAUCAAGACUCUGGUGGCGUGGUGGAAAAUCGGAGGAAAAUAGCAUCACCUACAGUAAAGACAGUUGGCAUGAGCCAGAGUGAGAGUACCGUAGUUCCAGUGGUGCCUACCAAGAUGGACAGUGGAAGCGCUGCACUUACUGAACCAGUUAUCCCUAUUUCCAUGCUGGUUCUCAUCAACUUCGUUAUGUUUGACGUGUUGGGAGCAGGAGUAUGAUGGCAAAUGUUUUUUAUAUGUUUUAUUUUUAUUAUUAUUGUAAAAAACCAAAUAUCUGUCAUUAGGAGAACUUUUCUCAAAGAAUCAGGCGACCUCAGAGACAGAGUUAAGUUCACAGUCUCAACAUGACUAAAUGAACUGAAUCAAGACCUUGACCAGAACUUGAACGUGUACAGCACAACUCAGAUGCACUGUUUUUAAUCAAAAUUGUUGUUUGGUUUUCAAAGCCAAAUUAAUUAGUUACUUCCUAUGAGGUCUUGUAUAAAACAAAUAGGCCCAGUCAAAACACUGACAAGUGU